GGUGUGUCACAGCCGCUGGCCGGACAGAUCCACGUCGGGAGCCGCAGCUGGGGAAACGCGCAGGGGCUUUUUGGCUGCAGGGGAAGGUGCUGCCGAGACCAUGAUGUCCCUGGGUGUUGCCAAAGGAGGGCUGAUCCCGCCCUCGGACGAGGAUCGCCGCAGGAUCAUCCGGCAGAUGAAGGUUCGCACCACCCUGCGGGGGGACAAGAGCUGGAUCCAGCACCACAACUCCGACUCAGACGAGGAGAAGAGCAGCCCCCUGUCUGGACAGGCUGGUGGUGGAUCCACAGCCCCCAAAGCUGCAGCUCCCCAGCAGGACAGGUGCUCUGUCCCCAAGGCCCAGCCCGGAUACCUCAUCAGGGGGGUUUUCACCAGGACCAUCGACAAGAGCUCAUCCGUGCCGGAUUCUUCACCUUCCAGCCAAGCACAGAAAAACACUGCCCUGAAGGGCCAGAGCCGCUCCCCCUCAGGCUACAGGAUGACCACGGAGGACUACAAGAAACUAGCUCCGUACAACGUCCGGCAGAAAUCCAUGGAUGCGGACGAGGAGGACGCGCCUUUUUCCCCGGACGAGCACAAGAAGAGGACUGAGGCUGCCAACAGCGUCCUGCGGCGCUCGGCCGGCCGGGAGCGCGCCUACGUCCUGUCUGCCGCCAAGAAGAGCAACGGGAGCCCAACUCAGGAAUUCCCAGCCCUGAUUGCCAAGAGGAUUGAGAUUGAAGAGGAGGAAGGACAGCAGAGGAGGAACCCGACGGUGCCGGCUCCAUCCAGCUUUGCUCCGGACAGCAGCAGUGCUAAUGGGCUAAGAAAAACCAGCCCUGGAUCUACCUGGGAUGAGCCAAAGGCAGCGGCAGCAGCGUCUCCCUCCAGCCCCAAACCAGGCAGCAGGAGCCAAACAUCCCCAUCCCUGAGUGACACCUCAGGGAAAAUCUCCACUUCUGCUGAUGUCAGGAAUGGUGACCACAGACAGGCCCUGGAUGGGAAAUUCUCCUUGGGAACGGUGUCCCAGCAUGGGGAUGGUGACAAAGUUCCGAAGGAAAAGCCUGAGAGGUUCCCAAGGGAUGAAGGAACCCCCAGAGCCACGAAUGGAAGAUUUCCUGAGCACACAGAAGCCAACAAUGGGUUUUACCCACCAGAGUGCAGCUCUGCUUCCUGGGACAGAGCUGGGGAUGCUCCGGAGAAGCUGCUCCGUCCAUCCGAGCCCUCCCUGGGUGACACCAGGUCAUCCUUGCAGUCUGAUGUCCCUUUUCAUCCCACUGAGAGAACCCCUGUGCACAUCGAGGACACAGAAUAUUCCUUUAAAAGGUCUGUCCUGGGCUAUGAGGAGAGGAGCAGCUCCACGAAUCCUGAGGGCCCAUCCUACCACCAGCCCUACUGGGAUGAGACAAGGCUCCUGGACUCAUCCAUCCUCAGUGAGAGGGGCCAAGGAGCUCCUGGCCAUGACGCCCCCCCAGAGCCCCCCAGGCUGAAGGAUCCCACUGAGCCCAGCAGGGCCGGGUGUGUCAGUGAGAGCAUCUUGGAGUCAGGGGGUGACCAGAGCGUUCCUGUCCCCAGGUCUGAGCUGUGCUCCCAGGACACUGCUGGCAGCAGGGACAGGGAUGUGGGAAUGUCAUCCUGCCUGCAGAGGGAGGAAACCACGGCAGGAAGGUUGAGCUCUGAUCCUGCAGGAAGCAGUGUCCCAGCUCCAGAGAUUCCACGUGGCAACGAGUCUGAGCCACGCAGGGACAGGAUCACUCUGGACUAUGAGGGACAAACCAGUGCCAGCACAGACAGCCCCCGUGAGAGCCUGGGGGACUGGAGGCACAGCGAGCCCACCCCGGGGCCAGCCGGCAGGUCUGAGUUCAGCUCCCAGGAGAGCGUUCCGGGUUCCCAGGAGUCCCAGCCCCCCGUGUCCCUGUUCCAGGACCGCCAGUCCUUCGGAGGCUCCGUGCCCAGCCACAGGAUUCCAGGCUACGUGGACAGCCAGAUGUUCAGCACCAGGAGCAGGCCCAGCCCCGAUCCCAGAGGGAGCGCUUUUCCCGGGAGCAGCAGCCCCAGGAGCAGCUGGUAUGACGGUGCCAGGGGGCACGGCGACUUCAGCCCCCCUGCAGGACGCCACGAGUCCCUUCCCAGGGAUCCCACCAUGUCCAUGUCCCAGAGAAGCCACAGGGUGCCGUUCUACAUGGACAGCUUAAACUGUAACAGCACCAGGCUCCUCUCCAGCUCUAGUGAGAGGCUCUGCAGCUCCCACCACAGCUCUGGGUACCAGCCUGACUCCAGCACUGCCGGGAGAGGGAUCCUCUUUGUCAAGGAGUACGUGAACACGGGCGGCUUUGCAGCCUCGCCGCGCCACGGCAGCCUUGUGGAUUUGAGUGACCUGGAGAGAAGCAGCUACAGCCACCACAGUUACCUGUCCAGUGCUCCCCUGCACAGGUCCAGUGAGCCCCUGUGCAGUUACUGCAGCCGGGAGAUCCGAGACUGCCCCAAGAUCAUCAUCGAGCACCUGAACAUCCACUGCCACGAGUACUGCUUCAGGUGUGGAAUUUGCCACAAAGCGAUGGGAGAGCUCCUGGAUAAAAUAUUCAUCCACCGGGACAUUGUCCACUGUGACAAGUGCUACGAGAAGCUCUUCUAGGGCCCGGCGGGGCUGGGAAUGCUCUCCUGGGAUCACCGCCGCUCCUUCCUGCCCGAGACUGCAGAAUUAAUUCCUGCUCCCGCUUCCCUGCGGUCCUUUCCCCUCUCGCCGCCCCCUGGCCGUGGAUGAGUUCAGCACCUGCUGGCUGAUGCUGUCACCUGUGUGAUGGGAACGAGAUAAGGCAGGCUCCUCCUCAGAGAUAACAUUUCCCAAGCCCCUCAGCCUGCCCUCAGCUGCAGGAAGAGUCCCGGUAUUCCCGGAGCUGGGAGUCGGGCACAGCUCCUCAGCUUUACCCCGGCUAAUCGUCACCAGUCUCUCCUGAUAUUUGUAUUUCUUUCCCUUGUGCAGCCAGGCUGGCACACAGGCACUGGGAGCCUUAAACACUAAAUUUGGUUUCUUAGGAGGGUUUGGAUUUAGUCCUUAGCGAAAGCCUAUUUCUGCUUCUUUCAGCCCUAAAUUCAGCCUAGAAAUAGCUUCUGCCUGAUUUCCAUUUGCUUUCCCCAGGAUUCCAGGACGACUUGCAAACUCUAUUCUAAUUGUGUGUCAGCUUUAAUUCCCCUUCCUGCCUCUUCCCUGAGGAUGCUGCAGCAGCACUUGUGGCUGCUGCGUGUUUGGGGAGAUAAGUGUCCUUCCCCCAGUGUUAAACUCGGGUUCUGGGGCAGGUGUCUGGUGCCAGAGCACUGCCAUCUCAAUUCCCUCUCCUGACAAAGAGCUCUGCUCAGCUGAAAUCCAAAUUUCUCCCCUUGCCACACCUCUCAAUGCUGUAAACUAUUCACAGCCCAAAUUCUAACUAACGCUGAACUUCCAGCGGCUGCUGCACCCAGUAAAAUCAGAAUUGUGUCGUUUUAACUCAGAGCUGAGAGGUUGGGAAUGCUGAAUAUUGAAACCUGGAAGUCAGGUGUCCUCCAAGAGUCCAGACUUAUGAUGGGAAGCAUUAAGAACCAUAGAAUGCCAGAAUGAUUUUGGGUUGGAAGGAGUUAAGGUUCAUCUGUUCUGAAGUUCAUGGGCAGGGACACCCUCCCCUAUCCCAGGUUGCUCCAAGCUCCGUCCAGCCUGGCCUUGGACACUUCCAGGGAUGCAGGGGCAGCCACAGCUUCUCUGAGCAACCAGGGCAUCCUCACCUUCACAGCCAAGAAUUGAUGGAAACCAAGCUUCUCCUAAAAUCCUGUGAUUACCUAGGGAAAAAGGAACCCUGAUCCCUCCCUGUGAUGUUUUUGUGUUUGAGAGCAGCUGAAGAAAGGGGCUCAGCCUGGGGAAAAGGAGGCUCAGGGGUGGCCUUCUGGCUCUGCACAACUCCCUGACAGGAGGGGGUUUUCCCCCUUAAAGAUAUGUAUCCCCCAAAAGGAACCUGCAGCUAUUAUAAAAAUGUUAUGCUUUAUAAAUUGUAUUGGCCUGAGCUUUGAAGAAUUGCUGACCUACCCUCCAUGAAUAAAAAACCAAUGAAUUAUUCAAAGA